CCAGGAGCCUAGCCAUGGAGAGCCUGCUCCUGUUCCUGGCCCUCCUCGCUACGCCCGUCGCCUCCAUGCUGUGCCCCAAGCGCUGCACCUGCCAGAACCUCAUGCCCUCCUACACUGUCCUCUGCACCAAGACAGGCCUGCUCUUCGUGCCGCCGAAUAUUGACCGGCAGACGGCCGAGCUGCGCCUCAUGGACAACUUCAUCACCACCCUUCGUCACCGUGACUUCGCCAACAUGAGCAGCCUCAUCCACCUGACGCUGUCGCGCAACACCAUUAGCCAGAUCAAGCCGUACGCCUUCGCCGACCUUCAGGACCUGCACGCCCUGCACCUGGACGCCAACCGACUCACCAUACUGGACGACACCCACUUCCAGGGCCUGGUCAACCUCAGGCACAUGAUCCUUGCCAACAACCAGCUGCACAGCAUCUCAGAGGGGUCCUUCCAGGACUUCCUGGAGACCCUGGAAGACCUGGACCUGUCCUACAACAACCUGGUGAACAUCCCCUGGGAGACCAUCGGCCUGCUGGCUAGUGUCAACACCCUCAGUCUGGACCACAACCUCAUAGAGAUGGUCCCCGAAGGCAUCUUCUCCAACCUACACAAGCUGGCGCGUCUAGACAUGACCUCCAACAAGCUGAAGAAGAUCCCUCCAGAUCCCCUGUUCCUGAGGAUCCCAGUGUACGCUAAGCUGAAGGGUUCUCCACUCACGUCGCUGGUGCUGAGCUUUGGUGGGAACCCGCUGCACUGCAACUGUGAGCUAAUGUGGCUGAGGCGGCUGACCAGGGAAGACGACCUGGAGACCUGCGCCUCUCCCCGAGAGCUCGCCGGCAAGUAUUUCUGGACUAUCCGCGAGGAGGAGUUUGUGUGCGAGCCGCCCAUGAUCACGCGGCACACCUCCAAGAUGUUUGUGAUGGAGGGUCAGGAGGUGAGCCUACGCUGUAAGUCAGUGGGUGACCCGGAACCUUCCACGCAUUGGGUCAGCCCUGAGGGGAAGCUAAUCGGGAACACGUCCCGCACCAUCUGCUACGAGAACGGCUCUUUGGACAUCCUCACCACCACUGUGAAGGACUCUGGGAAGUUCACCUGCAUUGCCUCCAAUGCCGCUGGCGAGGCCACAGCGCCCGUGGAGCUGGUGGUUAACCCCUCGCCACACUUCGACCCCAAGCUGGAGCCCGAGCCUGGCCCUUCGGACAUCCCCACCUCCAUUAAGUCCAAUGCCAGCGGGGGCCACGCCCACACCGACCAUCAGAGGGUCAGCGUGUCGGAGCUGAGCUCAACUUCGGCCACCAUCCGAUGGCCCUCCCAGGACCACAUCCCGGGGGUCCGCAUGUACCAGAUCCAGUACAACAGCUCCUCCGACGACAUCCUCAUAUACAGGAUGAUCCCUGCGUCUCAUAAGUUCUUCCUACUCAGUGACCUGGCCUCUCAGCGGGACUAUGACCUGUGCGUGCUGGCGGUGUACGACGACGGCGUCACGGCCCUAACCGGCACCCGCCUGGUGGGCUGCGUGGCUUUCACCACAGAGCGAGAGUACCGCCAGUGCCGCUCCCUCCACGACCAGUUCCUGGGCGGCACCAUGAUCAUCGUGAUCGGCGGUAUCAUCGUGGCCUCCGUGCUUGUCUUCAUCUUCAUCCUCCUCAUGAAGUACAAGCUGCACAGCAACCACUAUAAGCAGAAAGCGGCACAUGUCAGCAACGUGUGCUCUCAGACCAACGGGGGCCAGGCUGCGGGCGGGGGAGGCGCUCCCAUCCCACCCUCCUCCUCUUCCUCAGGCUCGACCAACAGGCCCAUGCCUUCUGGCCCAGUGGACAGGGUAGGGCACGACGGACCCCAUCAGGCCUCGGAAGGGGGCUUCGGAGGGCCCUUGAAAGGGACCACGGUAGUGGACUUGAACCCAGAGUACGGGAAGUCAGUGAAGGACGAGGAUGCUAUAUCACAAUAACACAGGAUCUGGGACUGCCCCAACGCCACCCACUUUUUAUUUCCUGGUGCUGGGGUCCCUCUGCCUUAACAAGGAUUAUCUCGUGUCCAAGAUUUGCACAUCACCCAUGCUCGUCCUCUGAGGUGGAGGGAUGGAGAAUGGAAAGGUGAAGUCCCCCUGGUUCAAGGAAGUUGGAAAAACACAAAAUAAUAAAUAUGAAGCCAAGAACAGCAUUGGGAGCAGAGAUGGGGUGGAUGCCAUGGAAUCGCUGUGCUCUGUCACUUAUGCAAUUCUAUCCGGAACUGGGAUGUAAUCCAGCCCUGUGGAGUGGAGGGAAAUGUUUUCCAAAACCUGGGGCUUCUUUUAAUGCGUGAGGAAUGAAUUGACCUUAACCCAGACGCCUAACAUUCCUUUCGGGAAUACUUUUUGGGAUUCCCAUUGAAAUUGCCUACUACAGAGGAACACCCUUGGAUGGUUUUGAUGAUGUAUUGUGGGUUUCAUAGUAAAGCUCCACUCUCCCUUAACGAUCGGUCAUUUGCCAAAGGAAUACAAUAAGAGGAAAAGGCAAUACAGUGUUUUGUUCUCCUCCCCGAGGGCCUUGGAAGCGUUAGCACACAGCGAUGUCGCGUCGAUGCACCGAUAUCAAACGGUUGUUCUUUGAUCUCUUAGGGCACUUUAUAAUCUUUAUAAUCCUAUCUUGCUCUCUUUCUCUCGCUCUCUCUUUCUCUACCCCCCCCAUCUCUCUCUCUCUCUCUGUCUAUAUGGACAAUUGAAUAGUAUAUUCAUCAAUUAAGAGAUCAGAUACAUCCAUUUUGGAUGAUGGUGAAAACAAAUCAUAUUAUUUGGCCAUGGAUAUCCCAACUUGGAAUAAAAACAUGGGCUCUCAAGAUGAGGUCAAAAUAAGAACCUGGAUCUGGUUUGGUUUGAUUACAUGAACUUACAGCACAAGUAUUGCGUUUUGGUUUGAUGGUGAAAUGGUGAGUUAAGUUUCAUUCUGACAAAAGAAACCGACCCUAUUGUAUAACACUUUCGAUAUGGAAAAGAUGGACACAUUGAUCGAAUACAAUUUUUCCCUUACUGUUGACUGUGUAUGUAUUUGUAUGUGAGAUAUACCUUCAAUUUUCUCUGAUUUGAUACCCAUAUUUCCUUUGAAUUAUGAAACAACAAUAAGAAAAAAAUACGUGAGAUGGAAUUGUAUGCUUUCAUAGGUAAAAUAUGUGGAUUUAUAAAGAAAUAAAAUUAUUUUUCUUGAA